AUGAAUCGAACAACACGGAUCGCCGGCCAUGGCCUGAGAAGGCUCGUCCAGACCCCUCCACGGGGCACCAGGGGCAUCGUCACAGACGCAGACGUCGUCAAGGCGAGGAAAUACUGCCAAUCGCAGCUCCACGACUAUGAUGCGCAUAUAAUAAGCCGCCUCGUCCCGGCGCGCGCAACAGACACCUACCUCGCCCUCCGCAGCCUCAACCUCGAACUCGUCCGCCUUCCCGAGCUCGUUUCCAACCCGACCAUCGGGCAGAUGCGCAUGCAGUUCUGGCGUGACUCCAUCGACAAGACCUUUGCCGGCGCGCCCCCGGCCGAACCGAUAUGCGUGCUCCUCCACCAGGCGCUGCAGGACCUGCGCGCGCGCUCGCCAGGCAACGCCACGGCGAGCUCCAUCAAGUUCUGGGUGCAGCGGCUCGUCAAGACGCGGGCGAAGCACAUGGACAAUAGGCCAUAUGCGUCGCUGGCCGCACUAGAAGAGUACGCCGAGAACACGUACUCGACGCUCAUGUACGCCACGCUGGCGUCGAUGCCGCUACGCUCGAUGCAGGUGGAUCACCUGGCGAGUCACAUUGGCAAGGCGUGCGGCAUCGUCGCCGUCUUGCGCGGUAUCCCCGUGCUGGCGGCGCCGCAGCAGCAGCCCGCGAAGUCCCAUGCCGGACCGGGCGGCGGACGACAGGAUCCCGCGCUUCUCCUCCCGCUGGACAUCAUGGCGGAGGUCAACCUGCGGGAGGAGGAUGUCUUCCGAUACGGCCCGCAGGCGGAGGGCUUCCAGGACGCCGUGUUCAAGGUGGCGACGCGGGCCAACGACCACCUCAUCACCGCGCGGGAGAUGCUCAAGAAUCUCAAGGCAGGGCAGGAUGCCGGUCACGAGUUUGAGCACGAGGGCGAGGCAGAGCACGUGUACGAACCGGAAGAGGACGACACGCAGCGGGACCUCCGACGAGGGUUCGGGGUGCUGCUUGAGGCUGUGCCCGCGCAGGAGUACCUGACAAAUCUCGAGGGGACCAACUUCGACCCUUGGAGGGUGAAGCCGAGCUGGAAGCUGCCUUGGCGUCUCUGGCGUGCAACAAGCAAGAGUCGGAUCUAA